GGCCUCCAGAUGCAGUUUGCCUUCUCUUAAGAUCUUUCAGUGGCCAUUAAAACAGCAGCAGUAAACAACUUAUUACAUGGAUACCCUGUCCACGUCCUUUGUGGAGAAAAGAAAUCAUGUGGCAAAUGAGGAAGCUGGGGAUGAAGGAGAUAAAGAGAAGACAAAAGAUAAUUCACAAACAGAGGAAUCAGCUGUUGAGAAACAAAAACCAGCUGUCUGGACUCCAUGUUUUUACUACAGAGCAGGUAAAGAGGUGUACAGCUACGUCGGGCAGGAGAUCAUCAUCGAAGAGGCUCUUGACUCCUUUGCAGGCAUGAUAUGGCCGGCGGCUCUGUUUCUUUGUCAGUACCUUGACACACAUCGUGACCAGUGCAGUCUUGUGGACAAAGCGGUCCUGGAGAUUGGGGCAGGAACUGGCCUUGUGUCUGUAGUAGCGGCACUCCUCGGCGGCUGGGUCACAGCUACAGACCUUCCACAAGUGCUUAACAACCUGAGGGUCAACUUGUGCAGGAACACCAGGGGCCACUGCAGGCACGCACCACAGGUGGCAGCUCUGUCCUGGGGCUACGACUUGGAACAGACCUACCCUUCAUCUGUCUAUCGGUACGACUAUGUGCUGGCAGCUGAUGUGGUCUACCAUCAUGACUUCCUGGACGAGCUGCUGGCCACCAUGAAGCAUUUCUGCAAACCAGGAACAACUUUGAUCUGGGCCAACAAAGUCAGGUUUGAAACUGAUCUGACUUUCACUGAGAACUUUAAAAAGGCCUUUCACACACGUUUACUGGCUGAGGAUGGAGAGGUAAAGAUCUUCAUGGCAACGAGUAGAGAGGGACAGGAAGAGGAUGAUGUGAGGGAGGAAAUCCAAGAUCUGCUGGGCCAGGAGAAGGGAGGACAGAUAGAAGAGGAUGAAAUGAGCAAAGCAGAGCAGCUAAAACACAUUGAAGCUGAUAAUUGUAUCAAUCAGGAACAUAAAUCUGACAUGUUAGGAGCUGAAAGAGGUGAUGAGGAAGGAGAGAUAAAUGACCAUGAUAGCAAUGAGGAAGAAGAAAUGGAAGAGAUGGUGGACCUCAGAGAAGAGAUCUGUGAAGAGGCUGAAACAAAAGAAUCAAUGGGCAUUGCUUCAAGUCAUGAAGAUAUUUCAGGAGAAGAAUUGAGGAAACAGAAAGUGAUGCAGCAGAACUGGGUUCCCAGUGUAAUUUGCAGCAUUGGGAAGGAUGUUUACCAUUAUGUUGGGCAGGAUAUUGUUAUUUAUGAAACUAUAGAUUCAUAUGGAGGAGUGAUGUGGCCAGCUGCGUUGGCUUUGUGCUCCUUCCUGGAAAACAAUAGGCAAACAGUUGACCUGCAGGAGAAGGAGGUGCUGGAGCUGGGAGCAGGAACAGGACUGGUAUCCAUUGUGGCCAGCCUGCUGGGAGCUUCAGUCACAGCUACAGAUCUACCAGAGAUGUUGGGUAACCUCAGAGCCAAUUUGAUGAGGAACACCAGGGGCCGCUGCAGACACACACCACAGGUGGCAGCUCUGUCCUGGGGCUACGACUUGGAACAGACCUACCCUUCAUCUGUCUAUCGGUACGACUACGUGCUGGCCGCUGAUGUGGUCUACCAUCAUGACUUCCUGGGUGAGCUGCUGGCCACCAUGAAGCACUUCUGCAAACCAGGAACAACUUUGAUCUGGGCCAACAAAGUCAGGUUUGAAACUGAUAUGACUUUCACUGAGAACUUUAAAAAGACCUUUCAAACAAGUUUACUGGUUGAAGAUGGGGAGAUGAAGAUCUUCAUGGCAACGAGUAGAGAGGGACAGGAAGAGGAUGAUGUGAGGGAGGAAAUCCAAGAUCUGCUGGGCCAGGAGAAGGGAGGACAGAUAGAAGAGGAUGAAAUGAGCAAAGCAGAGCAGCUAAAACACAUUGAAGCUGAUAAUUGUAUCAAUCAGGAACAUAAAUCUGACAUGUUAGGAGCUGAAAGAGGUGAUGAGGAAGGAGAGAUAAAUUACGUUUAUAGUGAUGAGGAAGAAGAGAUGGAAGAGAUGGUGGACCUCAGAGAGGAGAUCUGUGAAGAGGCUGAAACAAAAGAAUCAAUGGGCAUUGCUUCAAGUCAUGAAGAUAUUUCAGGAGAAGAAUUGAGGAAACAGAAAGUGAUGCAGCAGAACUGGGUUCCCAGUGUAAUUUGCAGCAUUGGGAAGGAUGUUUACCAUUAUGUUGGGCAGGAUAUUGUUAUUCAUGAAACUAUAGAUUCAUAUGGAGGAAUGAUGUGGCCAGCUGCGUUGGCUUUGUGCUACUUCUUAGAAAACAACAGGCAAACAGUUGACCUGCAGGAGAAGGAGGUGCUGGAGCUGAGAGCAGGAACAGGACUGGUAUCCAUUGUGGCCAGCCUGCUGGGAGCUUCAGUCACAGCUACAGAUCUACCAGAGAUGUUGGGUAACCUCAGAGCCAAUUUGAUGAGGAACACCAGGGGCCGCUGCAGACACACACCCCAGGUGGCAGCUCUGUCUCAGGGCUAUGACUUGGAACAGACCUACCCUUCAUCUGUCUAUCGGUACGACUAUGUGCUGGCAGCUGAUGUGGUCUACCAUCAUGACGUCAAGGGCGAGCUGCUGGCCACCAUGAAGCAUUUCUGCAAACCAGGAACAACUUUGAUCUGGGCCAACAAAGUCAGGUUUGAAACUGAUCUGACUUUCACUGAGAACUUUAAAAAGACCUUUCACACACAUUUACUGGUUGAAGAUGGGGAGAUGAAGAUCUUCAUGGCAACGAGUAGAGAGGGACAGGAAGAGGAUGAUGUGAGGGAGGAAAUCCAAGAUCUGAUGGGCCAGGAGAAGGGAGGACAGAUAGAAGAGGAUGAAAUGAGCAAAGCAGAGCAGCUAAAACACAUUGAAGCUGAUAAUUGUAUCAAUCAGGAACAUAAAUCUGACAUGUUAGGAGCUGAAAGAGGUGAUGAGGAAGGAGAGAUAAAUGACCAUGAUAGCAAUGAGGAGGAAGAAAUGGAAGAGAUGGUGGACCUCAGAGAGGAGAUCUGUGAAGAGGCUGAAACAAAAGAAUCAAUGGUCAUUGCUCCAAGUCAUGAAGAUAUUUCAGGAGAAGAAUUGAGGAAACAGAAAGUGAUGCAGCAGAAAUGGGUUCCCAGUGUAAUUUGCAGCAAUGGGAAAGAUGUUUACCAUUAUGUUGGGCAAGAUAUUGUUAUUUAUGAAACUAUAGAUUCAUAUGGAGGAGUGAUGUGGCCAGCUGCGUUGACUUUGUGCUACUUCUUAGAAAACAACAGGCAAAUAGUUGACCUGCAGGAGAAGGAGGUGCUGGAGCUGGGAGCAGGAACAGGACUGGUAUCCAUUGUGGCCAGCCUGCUGGGAGCUUCAGUCACAGCUACAGACCUACCAGAGAUGUUGGGUAACCUCAGAGCCAAUUUGAUGAGGAACACCAGGGGCCGCUGCAGACACACACCCCAGGUGGCAGCUCUGUCCUGGGGCUACGACUUGGAACAGACCUACCCUUCAUCUGUCUAUCGGUACGACUACGUGCUGGCGUCUGAUGUGGUCUACUGUCAUGGCUUAAUGGAUGAGCUGAUGGCCACCAUGAAGCACUUCUGCAAACCAGGAACAACUUUGAUCUGGGCCAACAAAGUCAGGUUUGAAACUGAUCUGACUUUCAUUGAGAACCUCAAAAAGGCCUUUCACACACGUUUACUGGCUGAAGAUGGGGAAAUGAAGAUCUUCAUGGCAACUAGUAGAUAAAGAAGUGAUGGGAGAGAUAUAAACAGACUGCUCAGGCUGAUAGACUGCAGGUUUAUGGUCGAAAAGGCUUUUAAUAACCUGGGUUCUUUUUGUUUUGUUUUUUUGGUUUCUAAUGUUUUUUUUAACCUGCAUCACACUUUUUCCCUUUACUUCUCUUCAGCUCCUUUAUGAAUAACAUGCAUAUGAUGAGCCAUUAGCUAACAUUUUAAAUUGCAAUCGGUGGUGGUGUCCCUAGCAUGUUACCAUCCACCUUCAAAAAUAGUCAUUAUUGCAAAAUAUACUGAACUGGUUUUUCGUGUGGGAGUUUGUUAAUGUUUUUGGUUAAUUUGCCAGGCUGCAACUAAACCAAUGAUGGUGUUUUACAAGUGCCUUAAUGAUUUGGCUGCUAGUUAUUAUAAAUAAAUGUUAUUCAGGUCUUAUGAAUGAUCUCAGUCUAAAGCUGCUCCAUGAAUUACAUGAAAUUAAACUGCUAUUUUUAUGAUUGAUUUUUUGAAGCACAGAUGCUUUUAGUUGUUUCUGGUUUCCAAAUAAGAGGAUUUUGUUUGUUUGUGCAUUUAACAUUAAACAAUGUAUUUUUCUGAUGGUAGUAGUCAUGUGACCAAGACACGUUAUUCAGCUGUGGAAAAAAAUAGUAUAGUUUUGUCUAAGUAAGUCUUUAUCAAUUACAUUUUUUUUCUCCUUU